AUGGCUCAGAUUCCUAUGCCGCCACGGACAACCGUAUGGGAUGUUGCAGAGCCAAACGUGGAGUCGCCGAAUGGCGAAUGGGGUGAGGUGAACCAGAGCCAAUCAGGGUUAAUUGACGACAGCAAGAGGGAGUUGUUCGUGGGAAAACGCGUGGGAGAUAUGACUUUGUCCCUGCAGACCGGGACCCAUCCGAAAACCCUCACAACCCCUGAAGCCCAGAACGAACCCCUUGCCCUGCCCCUGUACCUAAGGCAAGGGGGGUUCUUUUCCACUUUCCCAGCCCAUUCCCAUGCCAGUCGUCCCUCCCCCCAUUUCCGUUAUGCGCCGUUCCUUUUUAUCCCUCCCCUUCCCUUCUUUUCCACCUCGUGUUUCUCACCUCUCUCCCCUCAACCAAAAUUUCCGACCCUCAACGUCGGCCACCUCCCGACAAAACGACACUCGCUCGGACUGUACGAAGUAUCGUCGCUAUCAUCCGCCCUAAUAGCACUUGCCGAUUUUUCUUUGAAGCCGACCGAGUCCCUGGCCCCCUGUCUAUCGUUCACCCGUACACAACCAGACAUCCUCCUCUUUUGCCGAUCUCCGCUGUUUGGGCUUUCUCACGACAACGACGUUCCCCCACCAGGAUCUUUGUCAACCGUCUUUGAACAUUGCCUGGUCAAUUUGUCGUCCUGCUCAGCGAAAUUCCGUCUUUGGAUCCAUUGCGUUACUAACGAGGAAAUAAACCGACUCACCGACCGACUGACCGAAGACCCUGUGAUCGAUUCGAUUCGCCGAAUGCCUGCAUUUGCCUGA